CCCCCACCCUCGCGUCCGGCACCCCGGCCUCGGCCGCGCCCUCUGCCGAUCAAUGAGUCGCCGAGGCCGGCGCGCCGGGGCCUCGGGGCCCCGCCCCCCGCCCCCCGCAGCCCCUCGGAGGGAAGGUGGGAGGGGACGUUGGGCAGCCCCCGCCCCGCCCCCGGCUCGCCUGGCAGUGGCCGCGCUGGCCCGCUGACCGCCUGGCAGGGCUCCCGUAGGCCACAGGGCAGAGGCCAAGGGCCGGCUGGUGUCCCUGGCGGCGUCUGGGGCAGGCGGGCUGGAGCUCGUCCCGCCGGCCCCAAGCCUCUUCUCGGAAGGACCUCUGUCCCAUGCUGACGGUUCUGAAGCCUUGGGGCUACAAGGUCAGAGUGACAGGAGUGCGUGGGGGUCAGCGGUUCUUCGUUUCUCGGCCUCGGAGCAGUCACCGGCCCAGGCAUGCAGAUGUGUUUCUGCCCCGUGAGCGCGAGGAGGUCAGAGGGCCUCACCCCCGCGACCAGGCCCCUUCUGGGCUGAGAGCAGAUGUGGGGUCCAGCUCAGGCUGGACCGAGCCGGGAGGUGCUGAGCGCCCAAAGCCGCCUGUUCCAGGGAACCACGGGGACGUGCAGGGGUGCCCGUCAGGAGUGUGGUUGUCCAGGGGGCUUGGAGAAGCUGUUGGACCCUUAACCCGGUGGGUAGUGCCAGCUGGCCCUGUCUGCACACGCUCAGUCUGAUGGAAUUCCCAGCAGGGCAGUGGCCUCAGCUCAACCCCGGGGCCCCUCCCCUGGCGCCGGUACCCUCUGUCAGUGCGGCUGGCAACUAAGGGGACCACGUGUGGGUUUCAGGGCUUCCUGGGCAGAAUGUCACAAUGGAUGAGGGGGGCACUCCCCUGCUCCCUGACAGCCUCGUCUACCAGAUCUUCCUGAGCCUGGGCCCCGCGGACGUACUGGCCGCCGGUCUGGUGUGCCGCCAGUGGCAGGCCGUGUCCCGGGACGAGUUCCUGUGGAGGGAGCAGUUCUACCGCUACUACCAGGUGGCCCGAGACGUGCCCCGGCACCCAGCGGCCACGUCCUGGUAUGAAGAGUUCCGGCGGCUGUACGACAGAGUGCCCUGCGUGGAGGUGCAGACGCUCAAGGAGCACAGCGAUCAGGUGCUGCAUCUCAGCUUCUCCCACUCGGGUUACCAGUUUGCCUCCUGCUCCAAGGACUGCACCGUGAAGAUCUGGAACAACGACCUGACCAUCUCGCUGCUGCACAGCGCGGACAUGCGGCCCUAUAACUGGAGCUACACCCAGUUCUCCCAGUUCAACCAGGACGACUCGCUGCUGCUGGCGUCCGGGGUGUUCCUAGGGCCUCACAACUCCUCGUCGGGUGAGAUCGCAGUCAUCAGCCUAGACAGCUUCGCCCUGCUGUCCCGAGUGCGCAACAAGCCCUAUGAUGUGUUCGGCUGCUGGCUCACGGAGACCAGCCUGAUCUCGGGGAACCUGCACCGCAUCGGGGACAUUACCUCCUGCUCAGUGCUUUGGCUCAACAACGCGUUCCAGGACGUGGAGUCAGAGAACGUCAACGUGGUGAAGCGGCUCUUCAAGAUUCAGAACCUUAACGCCAGCACCAUCCGCACGGUGAUGGUGGCCGACUGCAGCCGCUUCGACAGCCCCGACCUCCUGCUGGAUGCCGGUGCGCCGCCCCCUGGCCGCGUCUUCGACCUGGGCAGCGACAGUGAGGACGAGGCGGGAGGCCCGGGACCAGGGCCAGCUCCGGCCCGCACCAAGGAGGGCUUGAGGCGCUUCUUGGACGGGUUUCUGGACGGGCGGGCGCAGCCCCAGCUGUCAGAGCACGCGCUGGAGACCAAGGUGGCCGAGCUGCUGGCGCAGGGCCGCACCAAGCCCCCAGAGCACAGCAUGGCUGACGCCCGCAAGCUCCUCAUCUUCACCACGGGCUGCCUCACCUACUCACCACACCAGAUCGGCAUCAAACAGAUCCUGCCGCACCAGAUGACCACAGCCGGGCCUGUGCUGGGCGAGGGCCGGGGCUCGGAUGCCUUCUUUGACGCCCUGGACCACGUCAUCGACGUGCACGGACACAUCAUCGGCAUGGGCUUGUCCCCGGACAACAGGUACCUGUACGUAAACAGCCGUGCCUGGCCCAGCGGCUCCGUGGUGGCCGACCCCAUGCAGCCGCCGCCCAUCGCAGAGGAGAUCGACCUGCUGGUGUUUGACCUCAAGACCCUGCGGGAGGUGAAGCGGGCUCUGCGGGCCCACCGUGCCCACACGCCCAGUGACGAGUGCUUCUUCAUCUUCCUGGACGUCAGCAGGGACUUCGUGGCCAGUGGGGCAGAGGACCGGCAUGGCUACAUCUGGGACCGGCAUUACAACAUCUGCUUGGCUAAGCUGCGGCACCAGGACGUCGUCAACUCGGUGGUCUUCAGCCCCCAAGAGCAGGAGCUCCUGCUGACGGCCAGCGACGACGCCACCAUCAAAGCCUGGCGCUCACCACGCACUGUGCGCAUCCACCAUGCCCCGCGUCCGCGUCCCCAUCCCUUCUUCUCCUGGUUUGCCAGUCAGAGGCGCUGAGGAGGGGACCCACUGAAGAUGGCCCAGAGGUUGGCAGUCCUUUCCCAAGGGCCCAGCCGCUGCCCAGACCACGCGGUGGGCAUAGACACUCGUGAGAGUCCUGCCUUAGAAGGGGGUUCAGCAGGACUGCAGGGAGGGGACGGCCUGCCCCCCGCCACGCUCACACCACACCCCACCUCCCACAGCUGUGCCCUUCAGCAGCGGGGCAGCCCCGUGGCUGGCUUGAGAUGCACUGGACACUGGGGCCCCACUCUUCCUGCACCCUCCUCCCCCAGGGCCUGUGCCCUGGGACAGUCAGCAGCACACGUACCCUUCGGCCGGCCCCUCCUCUGGGAACCCAUUUGGUCACCAGCAGGGCCGGCAGGCAGCACAGGUCAGUCUGCCGUGGGCCCAGGCAAACUGCAUGUCACUGGUCACCUGUUUGGGGCCUGAAUAAACAGUUGGCAAUAGCA